ACUCGCUCUUGACCGGUUUUUUUGUAUAAGUACAGGAUAAUUGGGUAAGGAAGGAAAUAACAUCAGCAGUCGAAUAUUGGUUGUCGUGCAUUAUGGACGGUAACACUUUGUUUUUAGUUGUUGCUGGAUUAAGUUUUUGUGGGGCUAAUCCUUUAGAUAGUGGGGACAAUGGUGAAACAGCUAUACAAUGCAGUGACAAUGAAGUGUUCUCUUCUUGCACCAAUGGGGGCUGCGACGCGCGCAACUGCACUCAGCUUGGGAAGCCGGUGCCCUGUGUUAAGCUGCAUGCUGACAGCUGCAUCAAGGGGUGCGUGUGCAAACCGGGAUUUCUACGGGCGGCGAACGGAAAUUGUGUAGAUGAAACAGAAUGUCAAAAAGAGCGCUGUACAGGCCCACAUGAGUACUUUUCCUGCGGCGGCGCGUGCGACAACGUUUGCGCAACUUUACAGGAACAGAGCCAGAAGAACUGUCCAAUAAGGAACAUUAGAUGUAACGAUAUGUGUUACUGCGAUGAGGGGCAUGCGAGGGACGACAAUGGUGUAUGUGUUCCCACCGAAAACUGUUAACUAUGCGUAUCGACUUUACGUUACAUGAAAGGAGUCAGAAGAAGUGUCUGUACCAACCUGUAUAACCUAUUAAAGCAAUAAAUACACUGAUUACUGAUUACUAUUUAAUAAGGAACAUUCGAUGUAACUAAAUCUGCUAUUAAGCCUGAUUUACAUGCGUGGUGAAACUUGCCAAGCGUCAGGGACACAGUUAUGCGUUAGAGGGAGCAAGCGAUAUUGCUAUCUCAUUCCACAGCAUAGCUGCGUCCCUGACGCUGGGCAGGUCUAGGAGUUAAAAGGUAACAAAACUUGUCAACAAUAAAUAUAAAUAUUCCAUAAUAAAUAUAAAUAUAUAAUCCUUUAAAUACAGGUAGUGCUUGAUUUUCAAGUUUUAGGAUAAGUAAAUACAUUUUUAUACUCGCCU